AUGUCUACCCAAGAGGCUUCAGACUCAACCAGCCGUCGCCCUCUUACCAUCUUCACGACCCUCGCUUUCAACCGCGGGCAACUAGAGCUAGAAGAGAAUAAGCCUUUCGCGAAGUUGAUCGCACCAUUUGGCUCCUGCGAGGAGGGAUCUCCUAAUCUUGGCAUCGACCCGCGGUUUAAACUCGAUGAAAGGGAUAUCGUCCUUCGAAAGACCAGAUGGGCUACUACCACUAGUAAUAACUUGGAGCAAAUCCUGAGGGCGCAGGAUAUUGAUACUGUUGUCAUUUCUGGACUGACUCUCUCAGGGGUCGUAAUGGCUACCGUCUAUCGACUUUUCGAUCUCGAUUGCAACAUCUACGUAAUUGCAGACAACGUGUUAGAACUCCCUCUCGACCAAAAUAAGGCUUUCUCGAAGGUCAUGCUUGAAACUCUUCUUCCGAGAAUGAACGUUGGGGUCAUUUCUCUUGCUGAAGCACCCGAAGCAAUUGAUGAGAUCUGA